GAACGAAAGAAGGGAGAUGGGAUUUGCGUUCGUUGGCGAGAGAAAAUGAAGUCCACCCGACAAAAGGAAAGACGCAAUGCAUUUGGAACGCAGUAGACAUCCGUGAAACACAUGCGUGGAGCAAAGUACCGCAGGGAAACAGCGAAAACGCGUUUCGUUAUCACGCUCCCCUGUCGCUACACUGUAUCUAAGCGUGGUGCGCGCUCGAAUCCAAAUGUAGUUAGGCGGUUUUGCGUUGAAAAAAUGUGCGACAGGACUGGACGGCAGAAACCGAGAGAGUUAAGGAAACGGCUGCACGAUGAGCAAAAAGAAAUCAAGAAAUCAAGCCGCUCCGUGCUCACUGUACACUCACGUUCCGCCAAUGUUGUCUGAGACAUUGCUUCGUUGACACGAGCGAGUUCACCCGAACCUGUGGAGGCGAAUCAACACAAACAGUUUGGUCACUUUGCAUAUCGAGACGACAGCAGAUUCCUGACAAUACAGAGUCUAGUUCGUGGUUGCCGAGAUUCAUUUCUCAUGAGAUUUCGAUAGUAAUUCUAUAGCGGGGCCGCGGGCAUUUUCUACGUAGUAUGCAUGUUUUGUUGCUCGGCGAAGAAAAUCAGAUAUGGCCGUUGCGACUCGUUCAUUCUCAACUCAGUACUGCAAGGUGGCGUGCCGAAAACUCAUCUCCGUACACGGUUUGACAUCUAAAAUGAUUAGAGUCUUUUUCUCGGAUCAUGAAGGGGAUUUGAGAAAACGAUAUUCUUCAGACACUCAAUGCUGGCCGCACACGCUGGUGUAAGCAACUGUCGAGUACGACUGGAGUACCCAGGUUUGCUCUCACGAUUUCCAAAGAGUGCGAAUAUGAGGAUACCUCUAACGGCAACACGUUCCGUAAAAAGGUCGCAAGGUACUUCAACGAAGAAGAGUCCUUGAAACUGCAACCUGUCGUGAGGCUGAUGUGAAGAGUUCCCCUGUCCGCUGCCAGAUGCCGUCGGCAUUCGAGUUUGUGAGGCUCGAUGAAUCCAGAAACCAAAGUUUCUGUCCAGAUAAUGCUUGUCUUCCAACAUUCGUACAUUCCCCGUUGUAGGUAAAAUAAAGUGGGUUUUGGGGAGCAUCGGGAAGCCAUGAUACAGCUGCAAGACGGACGGGCUAAGAACACUCUUUGAAGCCACGGGUGAUCGAAAAGGUUUUACUUGCUUUCUCGAGGGUCGUUUUGUCGUGGCAUCUCGAUCAUCACUUGUUCUUCCUCUUGCUGCUCUUCGCCUUUCUCCAGUGGACCAUGCAACGCUCAUUCUCCCUUCAGGUUUCCGCACUCUUUCAAGUCUGACCCGGCUUCCUGGCCUGCGCACAGGACCCAACUGUGAUCCCUUCAGUUGACCUGAAAUGAGUGUCUCAACAGUCAGGCACUUUGAGAUCCCAGUGAAGUGAAGAUUCGGCACUGACUGAAAUGACGCCGAUGGUUCUGUGCUUUGUUUUUCUCGCUGCGUCUCUUUCGACAUCUCACUUUGAACUCUCAUGAUGUACAUAGUGGUCUGACCAGCCGACAGCGGCUGUCUGCGCGCAUGCGGAGAUCGAAACGUCAAUGACCGCUGUUCGGCUUGCAAGCAUUUUCGUUUCCUGUCACGAACGGCUUGGUCGUAACUCUUGGAACGAAUUUCUGCACAGCAAGGAUACCCUGGAAAACGCAGGCUUUGUGCGUCGGCUAAUCUCAGGUCGAUAGAGCACAGAAUUUUCUAACGGCUUCUAGGAGUAUUCGUAGUAGCAGUCAUCGUGACAAGCCGAAUGGCUUCAUCCGCCGCGGCUUCCGAACGACUAGAUGUGACCGGCCAUGUGUGCCCAUGAAGGCCUUUUGAAGUGCCCCAGGCCGUUUGAAGAGGUUUGUCCGCUCUUUUCAUCCUCAUUUUCGAGAACUAGUGUCUAUCCCGGGACCUUCUGUAGUGGCUUGUGCCCCUAGAGGUGGCUGUGCGCGUCUUGAAUCUGUCGAGAUCUUUGUCUCGUUCCUUGACGACAGUGGUGGGUCAAUCAAAAAAUUGAAGGUUGGCCUGGCGGCAAGGGAUCACUUCAUGAAGGAACUUUGGUCGCUUUUCGGGAAAAGACAGUGACACGAAGCUCGCGGAUUUUUCACAAUGAAGCUUGAUGUACGGGUCAUCAACCUUGAGGACGAUAGCAAACAGACGGUCACAGUAGAGUCAUGGGAGACGGUGAAAACUGUCAAGAAUCUGAUCGAGCAGAAGACUGGCAUCCUUGAAUCAGAGCAGCAUUACUAUCUCGGAGUUCAGCUGAUUGAAGACUCGAUGCCAGCAGAUCAGCUGCGGAAAAAAGCGAAGGCGGAAGACCGGGUCCCGCCUGACGACAGCGAUGGAGUACAUGUUGUGGAGGUAAAGAUGUACACGGGCAAGGCACCUAUAGACUUUGACGAUUCUUUCUUUAAAGACAUUAUCAAAAAGCUCCAAACUCACGAGCAGAUAAUGAAGCAUAUAAGCGUUCGAGUACACAGGAAAGGUGACGAUGCCAAGUACAAUUUUCAUCUCGACAUCUCAUUUCUCACCGUUGAGAGUCUCAAGGAGGAUUUGAUCAACCGACUUGGGCCAUCAUCGUUAACGGGAUUGAACGCUGAUAACAUUUUAAUGUAUAUACGACAAGAGCAACCCGGACGCCCGCUGGAGGGCCUGCAAAUACGAGAUCGUUUCGGAACGCGGAGCUCAAUGGAAAUCGAAGUUUUUCCUAUAAAUCCAGAAGUCACUGUCGUGUGCAAGGUUAAGAAAUGGGGAUUGAAGACGGAAGAAGAGUUCAAUAUCAGAAUCCAGGAUCAUUUUCUGCUCGACGAUCUCAAACAAAUAUUGGUAACUCGUCUCCGAAGCUCGGCAAAUCCAAAAAUCCUACAACGUGACUAUAUUGUGGGCAACCUGAAGUUCAAAUUGAACGGCAUAUCUAUCAAUUCAAAGAAAGAGGCAGCGCUGAAACGGAAGUAUGGAAUUCCUGCAGGAGAGUUGUGGCUUCGUGCCUUCAAUCUGAAAGAAGGCUCUCUUGUCGUCAUUCCUUUGUGAAAUUUAAGGCACUUCUUGUUCGAACUUCAUCCCGUCUGACUCUACAAUCGUACAAUCCGCAAGUGAACAGAUUUGGGAUACACUUGCUAGCAGCAUACGGGACAAUGGCAAACACUCUAGAGUCGGUGUCCUCACAGACACAAAGGGGCUUCGGGACAUGAAAAAGAAAGACGCCCCACCGGCGCAAUCCUAUAUAUCAGUUUGACUGUUGCUGCAGCAGUUCUGGUCUCACCGGAAUACAUGUGCCAUUAAAGCUGAGGACCAACGCGAUAGUAGCUCCUCAUAAAAUUGGAAAACUGUUUUUGCUCCACCUGGAAGUCGAACAAAGAUAAUUUUCCCGUUGCAUUCAAAGCGUCUAAAACAGACAACCAAAAAGGAAACAUUGGACCUCAAUGUAGCGGAGUGCCGCUCCUCACUGUGAAAAGGGCAUGCUUGUGGUGACUUUACUGACAACGGACGAAGAUAAUUUGGCAGCGGCGAAUGCGUAACAACACAGUGACUGUGCUUCUGGACAGGUGGGCCAAGGAACAAAUGACAAUGCGCGCUUGACUGUUUUAUUGCUUUAGCUCGUAGUCAGUUGCACUUCCCAACGAUCGCGCAUGAGCUGACUCGGCUGGUAACGCAGAUAGUGCAUCAUCAGGAGCAGUCCAGUUCCUGUCCUGUGGCAGAACAGAAAUGCCAAUGCAUUCAAUCGUUUUCUAGGAAAACGUCAACUAACCGAUUAUGCAGUUUCAUUGUUUCAGUGAUUGUGUAGAACGCGACUGGAUCCGUUAUUGCAUCCGACUUUUAAGGAUCUGUUAGCAG